AUGAUCCAGGUUUUUGCUCAUGAUGAACUAUGGGCCAAACUCACUUAUAUCAUGCUAAAUCUUGCUAAGCAUCCGAUGACAUCAAUCACUCUUGAUGUGGACGUUCUCCCAAUCAAUGGAGCUUUGCUGAGUUUAAUUGGUGCUUCACCUCCACCUGUUGUUCCUCCACUUCCUGAUUUUACUGAAGAAGAGCAGCAGGUGUAUGAGAGUUCCAGGAAAUGUGUGGAACAGUUGGCUGCAUAUUUGAAACCUCUGCCUGGAAGUAGCAUCACUACUCUAGCAAGCAAUGGAGAGGCGUCUGUGGAGAGUGGAGGAGAAGGCACACCACUCAAGGGUGGUGCAGCUUUGUCCACUAGUCAAUCCAUUUCAUCAGCAAGCAGCACACUUUCACGACCAAUGCAGCGCAAACUUGUCACACUCAUCAAUUGUCAGCUUGCAGAGGCUGAGGGAAGGGCACGUGCAAUGCGUGCAGCAAGAUCCCUUGCUAUGCAAGAAGAAGUUCUUAAGCUGGUUCUGCUUGCCUUGGAGGAUGGUUCUGCACUGAGCAGGAAGGUUUUGGUGAUGUUCAUUGUGCAACGCUUGGAACCGCAUUUCCCCCAAGCGUCUAAGACAAGUAUUGGACAUGUGGUUCAACUCCUGUACCGGGCAUCAUGCUUCAAGGUGUCCAAGCGUGAAGGGGACUCAUCAUUGAUGCAAUUAAAAGAAGAGUUCCGGACAUAUGAAGCCCUUCGAAGGGAACAUGAUGCACAGAUAGUGCAAAUAGCCACAGAGGCUGGUCUGCGGAUUGCUCCUGAUCAAUGGUCAUCUUUGCUUUAUGGUGACUCCAGUCAUAAGUCACACAUGCAGAGUAUCAUUGACAAAUUGCAGACCCCUGCUAGCUUUGCACAGUCUGUGCAGGAACUUGUGAUAGCUUUGCAGAGAACUGGAGAUCCUGGAAAUCUUUCUGUUCUCCGUGUUGAUUUUGAAAAGUUAGCUGCCAUUGACCCCAGUCCAGAUACUCCUCCACCAAGCUGGCAGAUGCUCUUGGAGACAUUGCAGGCAGUGUGCUCAGUUGUGAAAGGCUUAGUAGAAUUCAUCAGUCAACAUGGUGUUAUCAGACGCACAUUGGAGGGCACCCAUCAGCACCAUUCUCAUACUGCCAAAUAUAAGACAUCAAUGUGUAGAGAUUUGGUGCAGAGAGGAUCCUGUCCAAGAGGAAAUGCUUGUACUUUUGCCCAUUCUGAGGAAGAAUUAGAAAGGUUUCGUGCUCGAAGUCGAAAGGCCAGCACAUGUGUCAAAGUUCCCUCAAGCAUGGCUCAGAAACUAGGCACACAUCCAUUUGGCCUUGGAGAGAAGAGGCUCCCACAUGAGCCUUUAUAUUUUGGUCAUGCCUCAUCUCUCCCCAAGCAUCAUAUAGAUGCCAUGCUGGCAAGGAAUCUUUACAUGGGAAACCUGAUGAAUCAACGUCUGUCUGGUGCAGCAGCUGCUGCUGCACUCAAUCAAGCAACUCAUCUAUCUCUAUCCACAAGUGCACCUUUGUCAAUGGCAGAACUUCCCAUCUACAAUGCAGCCUCUCAUGUGUAUGGUGCAGGUCUCUACACCAAUCCAUACUCUGCUGUUCAUCCUGAUGUUUUGAGUUCAUUCAGCCACAUGCACCUGGCAACAGCAAAUGCUGCAUGUCACACAGGGAAUGCUCGUGGACUCAUCACCUCUUCAGCACCAUCCACUUCACAUGCCUCCACAUUGGGCAUUGUAUGCUCAUCUACAGAGCAUGAUUCAGCUGUGAACAAGAAGACUAUAGGAGAAAGUCUUGAUCGAAGGAACUCUGGCAUUAACAUUAUCACUGCCCCCAUGAGUGUAGCAACUCGGAGUCUAGCAGCCUUACAGCAUAGACGAGAAGAAAUACUGAUUCAGCUUAGAAAAAUGGCUGGAAGUGCUGCAGAUACUCUUAGCUUGGAGAUGUCUGGUGGAAAUGGCUAUGAGCCUGGACCCCCUGUCAAGACAUCUGUUCAAUCAGCCACCAGAAGCCAUCCUCAACUCUCAUCUUCAGCAUCCCUACCUUCAUUCUCGGACAUCGAGAAAAUGUUUGCUAUGGAAGGAUUUGAGUUUCUCAAGACACCCAUUGAUGUUGUUUUUCAGGAUUUUGGUGGUUUUUUGGACUCAUCUGCAUCAAGUGCCUCCAUGUCAUCUCUGACAAGUGCUGUAACAUCUCAAGAACCACUGACAUCAUCUCCUCCAUCCUCAUCUUCAGCAUCACUUGUGCCAUCUACAUCGCAGUCACUUACUGUGCGAGCAUCGGCAUCAUCUCCAGCCUGUGCAACCCCAUCAACUGCCACCAUUUCAACUUUCCCAACUUGUCUCUACUUCUCUGAUCACACUGGGUAUCGUUCCUACAGUGAUGAUCCAGAAGAUGAGUUUAUUCCAUUCGGACCACCAAUUGUCAGUCGGUUUGGCCCAAUCUCACGUUCCAUUCGACCAGGCUAUCAUAUUGGAAAUCCUGUGCAAGUGUCUGCUUCUAUGGCUGGAUGCCACACUGUCCCCACACCUGUUGUCCAGCAGCCUCUUAUUGCAGUGAAGCCUAUACCCUCACUCACCUCUGAAUCAAAUUUUGAAGUGCCAGUGGGAACUCGGAUACCAAUGACCUGCACAACAAAUUUGUAUCCAAUUGCUGGAAACCUCAUCACUGUUGGUCAUGGAAUGGUAGAUCCACCUCAUUUACAUAUGGCACAUCUUGAUCCUCUUGGUUUUAGGCCAUCAGACCCAUCUCCUCUUCUGAACCUGCGGGACAACUCACUCCUGAUUGAGUCAGAGCGAAUGCGCAUGGAGAUUCAGCAACUGGAAAAGCGAGUGCGUAAUCUGCAGCUCCAGAGUGAGGGGGAGCGUUUAACACAGGAGCUCAAGGCAAUUGAAGCUGGAAUUCGUGAGAAACAAAAAGAGCUUGAGGAUGGAAGAUCACAUUUUCAGUUGGAUAAAGCUCCAGUUGUGGAAGAGGAAUAUGAUGAGCACUAUAAGGAGAUGGAAGAACAAUGGCUGAAGGAAUUGGAUGAAACAGAGCGCUGCUGCUGAUGUAAGAUGGAAUCAACCUUGAAUAAAACCAUGGAGGAGUUAAUGGGCGCACCUGGUGUGAACGGUGCAAUGUGUGUUGACAAGCAGGGUCUCAUCAUAACUUGCGCUGGACGAGUCCCCAGCCAGAGUGGAGGUUACAUUGCUUCCCUGAUGGAAGAUGCAAAGCUGCUUAAUCCAGAUCCAACCUCAUCAUUUGUGUUAUCCCUUGAAUGUCCAUCAGAGACUAUUCUCCUCCAAGAGAAAGAAGGCAUAUCGUUGGCUGUGGUGAAGUCUAACAGCAAAGCAUCAUCCUCUCCCUGUUCCUUUGGGUCGCCAUGA